AUGACAACCGCUAGUCAGAUCUCAGUGUUGCUUAUAACGCAACCAUGGCCAUAUGAACUUAACUAUGCCAAAAAGUUUGAAUUAACGUUUAAGCGAGAGCUUGAGAAGUUGGAGUGGGUAAGUUUUUGGCAUAACUAUCUGGUUUUAGUAGGUUUUUAUAUCGUAACAGUAUUUUUGUUACCUAUAAUGUAGUUUUGUUACCUAAAAUAUUAGAUUUAGUUUAAUUUAUUUAGAACGGAACAAUUCUCGAAACCUUCGAAAACUUCGACAAAUACGUUGGGGCAUGGUCGAUUUGGCCGCUUCUUGGUCGUCUCUACAGUCAAACCAAAGAAACUGACUGGCUGUUGAUUGCUGAGCCGUUUUCAGAAGUGGACUGGGCUGCUUUGAAGAGUUACACAGAAGGAUUGGAUCCAGAAACUGACGUGUUUCAAGGAAAAGGCUUAGAAGAUAAGGAACCGGUGAUUAUCCAUCACUUUUUCGGCUUCCAAGGACAGGAAAAGCCAUUGAAAUACCCGGAUUUUGGUGCUGGAGUGUUGAUUAGCAAAAUCUUUUUCAAAAAGUAAGUGGUUGAGUCUUAAAUUUUUUGAAGCAGUGGGAGCGUUUAGAGUUUUACAUUGGCGAUUUUUAGGCUUAUUGCGCAAUUUUAGGCUUAACAGAAAUAUUUUAGGCUUAAUAGGCAAUUUUAGGCGUAUCAUAUAUUUUUAGGCUUUUUACGCAAUUUUAGGCUUAGCACACAUAUUUUAGGCUUAUUACGCAAGUUUAGGCUUAGCCUCAUAUUUUAGGCUUAUUACGCAAGUUUAGGCUUAGCACAAAUAUUUUAGGCUUAUGUCGCAAGUUUAGGCUUAUCAAACAUUUUUUAGGCUUAUUACGAAAGUUUAGGUUUAUCACACAUGUUUAGGCUUAUUAGUCAAGUUUAGGCUGAGCACACAUAUUUUUAGACUUGGCACAUAUUUUUAGGGUUGGCAUUGUAUUGUAUCAUAAAGAUAUUGUUUUCAGAAUUGCUGAAGUUGCCGGGCAACACGAAAAAAACGACUUUACUAUUGAUGUCAAGUUUGAGGUAGGUUUUCGAAAAAACAUCUUUGAAAAGGUAAAAUACGGCAAUUGGUGGUUAACCAUCGAAUUAUAAAAAAAUUUCAGUUAGCCAAAUUCAUCUACGACAAUAUCGGCACAGAACUCGAAGAUAGCGACCGGUUUUGUCUGUCUGAUGGCCCACAAUGUAUUGUAAGGUACCGUGCUCCGAAAUACGACGCUACAGAAGAUGGUUGUAGUAAUGAAAUCACAAAGGAGAAUGUAUUUUAUGCUGUGAAGACGUACAAUGGCUACCAUAAGACGAGGGGUGAGGAGGUUUGGUCGAUUUUUUGAAAUUGUUUGGUAGGGUAGAGUGAGGUGGAUUAAGUAGGAUGGGGUAGAGUAGAGUAGGGUAGGGUAGGGUUACAUAGAGAUGAAUAAAGUAAGGUGGCGUUACGUAGGAUAGCAUAGUGUAUGCAACAAUAGAAUAGGUUACACUAUGGCAGGUAGAGUGAGCUAAAUAGAAGAAGAUAUUUUAGGCUAAGGUAGGGUAUGAUAGAGUGAUGUAGGGUAAAUUAGGGUAAUAUAAAGUCGGUGACUAUAGUAAAAUACGUUGUUUUUAACGUUUACGUUAUGUUUUCAGUGGUAUACGUGAAGAGAACAUGGGGCAAAGAGACCAAGUAUAUUGAAUUUUUCUCCGACACUGAUGAUUACUAUGUGCCAACCAUUGAUCUGAAGGUUCCCAACACUGAGAUUGGUAUGUUAUUAGGCGCUGACAUAAAGAACCCGCCAUUUUUUACAGGAAAUUACAGGAAAAGUAUGGCGGGUUCUUUAUGUCGGUACCUAAUGUUUUUGACUUUUGUCUUUAACUGAUAGUUUAAAUAUGAUAUGAUGUUUUACAUAGAUAUACCUUAAAAUGGCAUUUUUAAUAAGACGAGUUUGAAUUGAAGGACAUUGUUUUGGAAUUUUUGAUCAUUUUUAUUUAAAAUGUUGGCAUUUUAGGCUUUUUUAACCUAAAAUAUUGAAGUUUUAAGCCAUUUUUAGCUAAGGUAUUACUAUUCCAGUCUAUAUUGUGGUAAAGUAUCACGAUGAACCGCCAUUUUUUGAACUAAAACCUUUAUAUUUCAGGUCACUGCGGCAAAACCCUAGCAAUAAUCAAGCAUUACCUGAGUCAUGAAGAGGUAAAACAAGCUCCAUGGCUGGUAAUAGCUGAUGACGAUACCUUACUAAGUGUGUCACGUAUCCAUCGUAUGUUGAACUGUCUUCCAUCGACGAGUAAAGUAAUACUGGGCGAGCGAUACGGCUACGGAUUUGAUUGGGACGGCCUGGGAGGAUACGAUUACCCUACUGGGGGGUCGGCGUAGGUUUUUUUUGGGUAUUAUAGUACAGGGUGUCCAGAGAAAAGUGGAAGAAAGUUCAGGCUUUGUUCUCAAAAAAUAGAAGUCCAAAUUGGCUGAUUCUUUUUUGUUAGGCUUCUAAUAGCAUGCGGAUUUGUUCUGUAUGAUUUUUUUUGAUUAUUCGGGGGAGGCUCGGCGAAGACCGGCGGACGGUAUUUACAGUGUUUUUAAAGCUAUUUCAAAGCAUUUUGUAUUGCUACUCACGUUUUGGCUCUUUUUAAAUUUAAUUUUUUAAUUUUUACUAAAAUUUGGUACCAUCGGCGGAGAAAUUCGGCGAACGCCAUAACUCAGCCAAAUAUUGAUAUUUUUCUUCCAAACAAAAACCAACGUUUUUUAUGUUUGUUUGCCCUCAAAAUAAACUACAUUUGGUAAUUUUCAAACUUGUGCACAAAAAUCGGCGGAGGCCAUAACUUUGUUCAAAAUCAAUAUUUUGACUUCAAACAAAAAACAUUUUGCUUGUAUGGAAAUCUUCUUUAAAAUGAUAAAGUUUUACAAAAUUUAGUCAAAAACAAAAAAAUCGGCGGAGAGCCCGAUUAUCGGCGGAGACCAUAACUUCGUUCAAAGUCAAUAUUUGAACUUGAAGCAAAAACCAUUAUGUUUGUAUGGAAUUCUUCUUUCAAUUAAUAAAUUUUGAUAAAAUUUAAACAAAAAUUAAAGAAUCGGCGGAGAGCCCGUUUAUCGGCGGAGACUAUAAAUUUGUUCAAAGUCAGUAUUUUGAAUUCAAACAAAAACCAUUAGGUUUGUAUUCAAAUAUUCUCUAAAAUAAUAAAAUUUGAUUGUCUUAAAAUAAAAACUAAAGAAUCGGCGGAGAGUAUGUUUAUCGGCGAAAGACAUAAAUUUGUUGAAAGUCAAUAUUUUAAAUUCAAACAAAAAAAAUUAUGUUUUUAUGUAAUACUUCUUCAAAUUUGUAAAGUUCGGUAAACGUUAAAUUAAAACUAAAGAAUCGGCGGAGAUCACGUUUAUCGGCGGAUGCCAUAACUCUGUUCAAAGUCAAUAUUUUGACUUGAAACAAAAAUCAUUAUGUUUUUAUGGAGAUCUUUUUUGGUUUAAUCAGUUUUUACAAUAUUUAAACAAAAACGAAAGAAUCGGCGGAGAGCCCGAUUAUCAGCGGAGGCCAUAACUUUGUUCAAAGUCAAUAUUUUAGCUUCAAACAAAAAACGAUAUGUUUGUAUCUCUUGGUACAUAUUAGUUAAGUUAUUUAACUUUUACAAAAAAUUUCUUCUCGAUAAAAAUAAUGUUUCGGUCUCCUGACGUUAAAAGCAAAUGUGUAACGAAAUUUCAUUAUGUUAAAGAAGUACCACAUACAAACAUACUGUUUUUUGUUUAAAAGUAAAAUAUUGACUUUCAACAAAUUUAUGUCCUUCGCCGAUAAACAUACUCUCCGCCGAUUCUUUAGUUUUUAUUUUAAGACAAUCAAAUUUUAUUAUUUUAGAGAAUAUUUGAAUACAAACCUAAUGGUUUUUGUUUGAAUUCAAAAUACUGACUUUGAACAAAUUUAUAGUCUCCACCGAUAAACGGGCUCUCCGCCGAUUCUUUAAUUUUUGUUUAAAUUUUAUCAAAAUUUAUUAAUUGAAAGAAGAAUUCCAUACAAACAUAAUGGUUUUUGCUUCAAGUUCAAAUAUUGACUUUGAACGAAGUUAUGGUCUCCGCCGAUAAUCGGGCUCUCCGCCGAUUUUUUUGUUUUUGACUAAAUUUUGUAAAACUUUAUCAUUUUAAAGAAGAUUUCCAUACAAGCAAAAUGUUUUUUGUUUGAAGUCAAAAUAUUGAUUUUGAACAAAGUUAUGGCCUCCGCCGAUUUUUGUGCACAAGUUUGAAAAUUACCAAAUGUAGUUUAUUUUGAGGGCAAACAAACAUAAAAAACGUUGGUUUUUGUUUGGAAGAAAAAUAUCAAUAUUUGGCUGAGUUAUGGCGUUCGCCGAAUUUCUCCGCCGAUGGUACCAAAUUUUAGUAAAAAUUAAAAAAUUAAAUUUAAAAAAGAGCCAAAACGUGAGUAGCAAUACAAAAUGCUUUGAAAUAGCUUUAAAAACACUGUAAAUACCGUCCGCCGGUCUUCGCCGAGCCUCCGCCGAAUAAUCAAAAAAAUCAUACAGAACAAAUCCGCAUGCUAUUAGAAGCCUAACAAAAAAAGAAUCAGCCAAUUUGGACUUCUAUUUUUUGAAAACAAAGCCUGGACUUUCUUCCACUUUUCUCUGGACACCCUGUAUUAGGUGCCGACAUAAAGAACCCGCCAUUUUUUACAGGAAAUUACAGGAAAAGUAUGGCGGGUUCUUUAUGUCGGCGCCUAAUACAUUAAGUAGAUGUAUGGGCAGGGGAGGGCGGGGGCUUUUGGUCUGGGGGCGGGGGUCGAAAAAUCCACAGCACGUUCAACUUUUUUCGAAAAUAUUUUGGGGGGGGGGGUUCUAUUUAUGACUUUUAGGUACAAGGCACCGUGUUCAGAUUGAGAUAGAGCUUCUGAUGCUAUUAAUUUAUGUUGUUAUAGGUUUGUAAUAUCAAGAGAAGCAGCCAGACAUUUAGCCGUGUCUUGCGAAUGCCCUCAACUUGAUUCUCCUGAUGAUAUGAUCAUUGGUAAGCUUUUUUUUUAAAAAUUUUUAAUUUUUGAUUUCAGAAGUAAUAAUGUUAUAUCACUCUUAAGGAGCCUGUGCCCGCCGCCUCCACAUCCCAAUCCUCCAUUCUCAAGCCUUCCAUCAAGCACAACGAAAAGAAUACGAUCCGAGAUACAUUGCCAAGAUACCACCAAUAUCUUUUCACAAAUUCGAAAACAUUGAUCCAUACUCAGAGUACAUGGACUACCUAUACGAAGCAGAAGACGCAAAAACUCGACAUACUGAACUGUAA